AUGUCGUAUAUGAGAUCGAUAACAUCGAUGAAUGUUACAAAUAAAAAUGAUAUUGUUGUUCAGCUAACGUCUUCUUCAUUUGAUCACCAUAUGCCGGAAAUAGCUGGUUGCCUUAUAACUGGUGGCACAUUAUUGCUAUUAAAACCAAAUGGUAACCACGAUAUGGCAUAUUUGACAAAUAUUAUUCAAAAUAAUUGUGCAACAUUUAUAUUUAUUGUACCAUCGCUUUUGUCAAUAUUGUGUGAUUUUUUGGAAACACAUGAUUCGUUUAAUCGGAUCAAAACACUACGUUCUGUGACUUCUGGAGGUUAGUAAAGAGAUUUCUUUCUUUCAUUUCACCCAUUUUUUCAUUUCGCCUGAGU